AAGAGGGGCAUGGAAGAAAGCAUAGUGCAGUUGGGUGGGCGGUGGGUCUAAAUUCUAUUCUUCUCAAAUUCCACACACCACCACUCCCCACUUCAUCUUCUUCCUCAAUUCUUCCUUCCUCUUCCAUUUUUCCAUUACCAGAGAAGUUUUUUUCUGUUAUCUAAAUUCACACACAGUCAAGUAACACUCCAUGCGUUUUUUGAGAAAAGAAAAAACGAAUUUACAGACCCCUCAUUGACCCAAAAAAGUCAUUUCACCCCUCUUCUCUCUCCUGAUCUCCUCCAAAAUCGAUGUAAUUGUGCCGAUAUUUUCAGUUUUGUUGUUCUGAUCUUUGUGUUGUUCUGACGAUUGAGCGGCUUCUGGAUCUGUUGCUUGAGUUGAUUAGCUCGGUUUUUUGUUUGGGGAAUUUUGGAUGGGUUGUGAUUAAUUUGAGCAAUUUGAGGGAUUUAAUCCGGAAAAAAAAGGGGGAAGUAUGUCUUGGAAGAACAGAGGAUUGGAUUCGAAUUCUAAGAAUGUUGUUUCGAGGAAACUUUCUAUUUUCCUCUGUAUUGGCUGCUUCUGUGCUGGGAUGCUUUUCACCGACAGGAUGUGGGCGGUACCAGAAGCUAAAGACGUAUCAGGAUCAAGAGGGACUCUAGACGAAAAGCUUAAGUUAGUUUCAGAUGGUUGUGAUCCAAAAGUUAAUGUAAAAGACAGGUCCAAGGAUGCGUUCGGUGAAGUUUCGAAGACACACGAUGCUAUUAACACGUUGGAUAAAACAAUUUCAAAUUUGGAAAUGGAGUUAGCUGAAGCAAGGGCUAUACAGGAUUCUUUACUGAGCAGUUCCCCGAUAUCUGAAGACCUGAAAAUGCCCGAGUUGACCAAGAAAAGAAAAUAUGUGAUGGUGGUUGGCAUAAAUACUGCUUUUAGCAGUCGAAAGAGAAGAGAUUCGAUACGCGCUACUUGGAUGCUACAAGGUGAUAAACGAAAAAAGCUUGAGGAAGAAAAGGGAAUUAUAGUUCGAUUUGUGAUUGGUCACAGUGCAACAUCAGGUGGUAUUCUUGAUAGAGCUAUCGAAGCAGAAGACAGGAAACAUGGAGAUUUUAUGAGAUUGGAACAUGUUGAAGGAUACCUUGAACUAUCAGCAAAAACAAAGACCUACUUUACCACGGCUGUUCAACUUUGGGAUGCAGAUUUCUAUGUUAAAGUUGACGAUGAUGUGCAUGUAAACAUAGCAACGUUGGGAGCAACUCUAGCUAGGCACCGCUCAAAAGAAAGGGUAUACAUAGGAUGCAUGAAAUCCGGUCCAGUCUUGGCUCAAAAGGGAGUAAGAUAUCACGAACCCGAGUAUUGGAAAUUUGGCGAGCAAGGAAACAAAUAUUUCCGUCAUGCUACCGGCCAAUUAUAUGCUAUUUCUAGAGAUUUGGCUACCUAUAUAUCGAAAAACCAGCAUUUUCUGCACAAAUAUGCAAACGAGGAUGUCUCGCUUGGAGCUUGGUUCAUUGGAUUGGAUGUCGAGCAUAUAGAUGACCGAAGAUUAUGCUGUGGAACACCUCCUGAUUGUGAGUGGAAGGCUCAGGCAGGCAACGUCUGUGUGGCUUCGUUCGACUGGAGCUGCAGCGGGAUCUGCAAUUCUGCGGAUAGGAUAAAGGAGGUGCACCGUAGAUGCGGUGAAGGUGAGCACACUCUAUGGAAUACGGCUUUCUGAUCGUUAUCGUGUAUCGUUUUUGGAUAUGGAUGCACCCAAAGAAUAUUCCACCACCGAAGAAAAUGCGUUAUAUUGUCCUAUCUCAGGACAAGGCUUUAAGAGGAGCUAGAAAUUUGACUGUUUUUACGGCGUUUUCUGUUUUUCUUUUGUUACGUAAAAAAAUUACGUGUAAUAUAAGUGUGUACAAUACGAGUGAAGGGGGGGUAGAAAGGUUGCGGUAGAGAUCUGCUCUGUUUUUAGCCUGAGGAGAUUGUUCGGUAUAGCAACUAUACAUAUUAUAGCAUUUAGGAGCAAAGUGUAAUCCAUUUUACUGUAUCUUUAGGCACUAGAGGAACUCUUAAAUAAGUGCCUUUUCUUUAUCCGUAUUUUUCGCUGCUUUCUUCGUUUUAUAGGGUAACUAACUAUUUUGCCUCCAAUUAUGUAAUCCCGUCUUUUUCGUUUAUUUCUUCGUUACUUCA